AGCAAUGAGUGAAAUUAAUUAGCAAAGAAUACUUGCAGUCAUUAUUUUAAAAUAGAAUAUUCAAUACUAACUGUGGGAAAGCUUACAUGGAACAAUUCCUCGAGGUUCCCGGUGCAGACGACAUCGUGAUUUGGCAGACAGCAAGAGUAACAGCUGACAGAAUGACUCCAGGAUUUAAAACGAAUUUCAUAAUGCUGUUUUUUUCUGAGGUUGUGUUAAGUGCCUUUCUGAAUGCGGAAAGUUUAUCUAGACAAGCGACGCUGAACUCCCUGCUUGGUCUGGAGAAAGGAUCUUCCGGUACCUUUUCCACCCACCGCUCCAAGUAUGACUCCAGCAUCGCGCCAGAUUUCGAACUAGACGUUCCUACUGAAGUCUAUGUCCGAAUCCUGAUACAGAACAUUUACUCCGUCACCGAGACCUCCAUGGAGUACUCUAUGGACAUCUUCCUGCGUCAGAAGUGGGAGGACAAGCGGCUGGAGUACGGGAACACAUCUGAGCUGCCUUGGCUCGAACUGGACAACAAGAUGAUGAGCAGAGUCUGGAUACCAGACACUUUCUUCCCGAAUGAAAAGAAGGCGAGAGUCCACGACGUGACAGUGCCAAACAAGAUGAUGCAUCUUUACAAGAACGGCACCGUGCUCUAUAGCACCAGGUUGUCUCUGACGCUGAGUUGUUCUAUGCAGUUACAGAAAUACCCCAUGGACGUCCAGACCUGUCCUAUUGUCCUGGCUAGCUACGGAUACACAACAGAGAACGUAAUCUACCGAUGGGACGGGCCUCACCCUGUGCGCCUAAAUCACGUGGAAAUGCCACAGUUUGGUGCUGAAGUAGCUGACAACACCUUCAGCGAGUCUUGCCUGGAAAACUAUGGAGAAAGUAAUCAGAGCGCUUCAUUCGCGUGUAUCCAGGGCUUCGUCCAGCUGAACCGAAAGGUGGGUUAUUAUAUUGUCCAGGUGUUCGUGCCCUCAAUAUUGAUCGUGGUGCUCUCUUGGGUCUCCUUCUGGGUGGACCACGACGCUGUCCCCGCCCGCAUCUCACUUGGCGUCCUCACUGUCCUCACCAUGACGACUCAGAGUUCGGGCGCGCGCCAGUCGCUCCCGCAGGUGUCAUAUGUGAAGGCUAUAGACGUAUGGAUGUUUACCUGUCUGAUAUUUGUCUUCGUGGCGCUGAUCGAAUACUCGUACGUUAACGUGGUGGCUCGUGGCGCACAGAAGGGGAACUCACAUGCACGGGAUAGACCCAUAGAACUACAACCAUUGACAAAAGAACGCCAAGACAGCAAUACAGAAAAUGCUAAGCACGGCGGCCCAUCUGGAAAGAGCGUCGGUAACAUUGCUGCCCGGAGGGUGGAUAAACUCUCUCGCUUUCUCUUUCCGGCGGCCUUCGUCGUGUUUAACCUCGUGUUCUGGAUCUACUACUCACUUGUUCCCCAUCCUACCAGUAGCAGUUGAGGCCCGUCCAAAGAAUCAUGUAUAACCUCGUAACAUAAUCAUAACUGGGCUCAUGGUCCCGAGUGCUCGGACCUAUUUUCAUCGGAGCUCAAGAUCUCCACCGAGUGACUUUAGGUUCCGAGCUAAAAAUACCGGCCGGUAUUCAUAAAACAUUGUAAGUCAUUUCUUGUUUUAAGGCGAAAAAAUACCACAAUAUAAAUUGAAUUAAAACAAUAAGUGAUCUUCGAAAACAAAUAGUCAAUUCAAUAGAAUCAAUGACAAUCAAGUAUUUCAGAUUGUAUAAGGUUAUUAUACCAAAUGACCAAGGAUAAACCUCGGUUAGGAAAAUGACUUAAGUUAGAAAAUGACUUAAGAUGUUUUAUGAAUACUGACCCUGGAUGAAAGGUUUAGCUAUUGCUGGUAUAGUGGGAGUUUGUGUGUUCUUAUGAUACAUUUUCUCCCACAUGAUUAAGUCCAUGGAACA